AUAAAUAAGUAAAUAAAUAAAUAAAUAAAACUCAAACACAAGGCAGAAAAAGACUGUUGUUCUGAUAGGAUUGAUGGCCACUAAACUUGUAAACCCACCUAUUCUUCCAACACCCAGAUUCACAAAACUGAUAAAAACUGAUCACAGAAUCAUACAGUUUUUUACCAGGCUUACAAGAUAUGAGGACUCAGCUCUUGGCUUUAGACCCAGUUAUAUUAUCUCCAGAGUUGCAGAACAAAACUCAGGCUUAUUUGAGGAUGAUGCAACAAGGACCAAGGUCAAAACACAGCUUUACCAGGCAGUCAAAGGGAUGAACAGAGGGAUAUAUGGAGUGCCAUCUGCAAGGAAAUCUGAGAUUGAACGUCUGGUGCAGCUUUUAGAGUCUCAAAACCCAACUCCACAUCCUACUCUCAAUCUACACAAGGUAAGUGGUUGGUGGAAGCUGGUUUAUAGUACAAUUACAAUAUUGGGAUCUAAGAGAACAAAACUGGGAUUGAGAGAUUUCAUCACUUUAGGAGAUUUUCUGCAGAACAUUGAUGUUGCUCAGGGAAAAGCAGUCAACGUGAUCAAGUUCAAUGUUAGGGGGUUGAACUUGUUAAAUGGUCAACUCACAAUUGAAGCCUCCUUCAAGCCUGCAUCCAAAUCAAGAGUGGACAUAAAUUACGAGAAAUCAACUAUCACUCCGGAGCAGCUAAUGAACAUGUUCAAGAAAAAUUAUGAUCUCCUUCUUGGCAUCUUCAACCCAGAUGGGUGGCUGGAGAUAUCUAUGAGUUCCUUAAACUGGGUAUGUUAGAUACGUGGACGAUACCAUGAGGAUCGGAAGGGAUGACAAAGGGAAUAUAUUCAUAUUAGAGAGAUCAGAAUAAAAUUAAUUCAUCCUUAAUUUUCCUUUGUAACCAUAAAUUUUAGUUACUUUCCACUGAAAUUUCUGCAUAAAAAAACUGUUGUAUUAUUUCAUUAAUGUGUAUUUCA